GCGCGGCCCGCGGCGGCCGAGACGGCGGUGGGUCGCCCAGCUGUUGUAAACAUGGCCGACCGGUCAAGUCACGCGAGCAACGUCGCCUCGCAUUAAAUCGCGCAAAUAACGCUAUCGCUGAGAUUCCACUUGGUCAAAAACGCGAAAAUGAGCAAGCAACAUAACGACCGAGACGUGUUUGAAAAUUAGUGUACUUCUCAAGUGCGAAAACAUGCUGCCGAGGGAGACGAAGACUCGCUGUUGUCGGUGGCACCGUUGGCAACUACUGCUUUGACUCUCUGAAGAUUCUAUUGCUGCUGUUGUUCGAUCAUUCAUAAUGGUGUUUACCGUGCAAUAACGCCGUAGAGAUGUUGCGUGUGCCUGUUGUAUGGACAAAUUGUUCAUCGUCGGUGUGUCGAAGUUGAUGAAUUGCGGCUACUGAUGCGACGGGCGCGCUCUAGAAUUCUCGCAGUGGAAAAGGAGGAGUGUUUUCUUUAUCGAGAAAACCAAAAUUCAAGGAGACGACAGAAGAAUCGCUCACGUAGCUUUGUUGCAUACUCCAUAGAUCGAUAUAGUACUGAUGAAGUUCGCGAUGCAACGCAAAUUGAAGUGCUAUGUGUGUGACGGAGUUGACUGCGAAACGUCCCAAGAGGAUCCUCCAAUCAUUUGCAAAGAUGCGAUUUGGUGUUGGAAGUCGGCGGUCCGCGAAUUCGACGGGAAUAAGCGCGGCCGACGCGGCUGCAUUGUUGAUCGUAACCAAGUGCCGCUAAUCUGCAACAAGCACCUGCAGUCGGGCAAUGUGUCGAGCAGCAACAGCCGAGCCGGUGGAGGACAGUUUCACACAGAAUGCUGCCAGGAAGAAUUGUGCAACGGUGGCCCCUUCCCGGUUCUGCAAGAUCCUAUACCCGAUGGGAGUGAAAUGAACACGUUGAAGGUCACGCUGGCGGUACUGCUACCGAUUCUGGUUCUGAUUCUGGUCGUUUGCGGGAUAUUCCUAUUCUAUAGGAGCCGGAGGUCACGACGAAGCCGCUCCACAACACCGAAACGCAGCAAAAGGCUCAUAGAGUCUGGAACUGAUUCAUCGAUGCUAGCUUUUGCCUCGGCGACGUCCACCGCGGGUGGCGGUACGACUAGCUUCUCUCACGAGCUUCGCGCCACUGCUGCAGGAGACAGCACGCUGAAGGAGUACUUAGAGGGCCAGAGUCUGACGUCCGGCUCCGGCUCGGGUUUGCCGCUUCUCGUGCAGCGAACUCUAGCCAAACAGGUAGCCCUAGCCCAGUGUCUAAGUAACAGUGGAGGUGGCGGAAGCUUCGGCCGCGAAGUUUGGCGCGGAAUCUGGCACGGCGAGAACGUCGCGGUGAAAAUUUACUUUUCGCGUGACGAAGCCAUGUGGGCCCGCGAAACUGAGGUGUACUCGCAGCUCUUACCCUCCAGACACGACAACAUCCUUGGCUACGUCGGCAGCGACAUGACCAGUCGGGCCAGCUGCACGCAAUUAUGGCUGGUUACGCAUUAUCAUCCUCUUGGAUCCCUUUACAACUACCUCGUUCAGUUGCCCACAUCGCUGAACCACCACCAGAUGUUUAACAUAUGCCUAAGUAUCGCAAAUGGAUUGCUAUAUCUGCAUACGGAAAUUCACGGUACUCGGGGAAAACCGGCCAUGGCGCAUCGUAAUUUAAAAUCGAAGAAUAUACUCGUCAAGAGUAAUGGAGCUUGUGUCAUUGCCGAUUUGGCCCACGCUGUUACGCAAGACAGACUCGGGGCUGAUAAAAUUGAUAUAAAACAGGGUUCAAAGCGCUACAUGAGUCCCGAAUUAUUAGAACAAACAUUUGAUCCAAUGUGCCUAGAAGGUUUUCGUCGUGCCGAUAUUUAUAGUUUGGGUUUGGUAUUCUGGGAAGUUUGUCGCAGAUGUAUAAGCAACGGUGUUGGAUUAGAAUACGCAGCUCCAUAUUCCGAGUGGCUAGUCAGUGGCAAUCAAGAACCUACUCUAGAAGAAAUGAGAAAAUUGGUUGUUGCUGAUCAGCGUCGACCACCGAUUCCGAACCGUUGGCACUCAGAUCAGACACUUGCUGGAAUGGGAGCUAUGAUGAAGGAAUGUUGGCACACAAAAGCAGCAGCUCGACUUCCUAUUCUCCGCGUUAAAAAAACGCUUGUUAAAUUAGCAUCUAACAAUCCUGAAGUCGAUCUGCCGUUGGAUUAGGUAUACGCAAAGAGCGAAAAAUGCUUAUUGACUCUUAUUAGAUGGAAGUAUACAAGUGGCUUUUAUUACUUUUUAUCCUUAAUGACGAUAAAACUUAAAAUAUGAAGUUCAAAAAAUUCAGACUAUAGUUUCUACAUUUAGAAACAAUGAUAAUAAUUGAAAUAAGCCAUAAAUAUUAAUAUUAAUACGUCCAAUUGAUAAAUUGUACAACUAAGACUUGAAAGUUUGAUUUUUAUGAGUAGUUCAAAAGAAAUCUAGUAACGUUUUCUAAUCUUUUUUAUACCGAUUUACAAUCAUACAUGAUUAAAGAAUAUACAUACUUGGAUAAUAUAUGAUGUGCCUGCAGUUUUGCUCGCGAAAAUACUAUUGCAAAAAUAUUAACUGAAUCCUAAUUACUGUAAUUUUGGUGACAAAUAAUGUUGAAACAGUAAUUAGCAGCCUUACGAACCGUUUAUUGAAUUAGCGUAAAGUAAAAAUUAUGGUUAAUAAAAGAUGCUUUGGUCAGGCAUAAUAAACGUGAAAUAUUAGUAAAACGUAAAAAAUAUUGCUUAAGAAUAAUCAUAAUUUCUUACCGCAUAACAUAAACGAAUGCACAAGCUCAGAUUUACUUUAAGUUUAUCACUAAAUAACAGUACAUCCAUAAAAGACUAUUUCAUGGAAAUCUCACAUUAAAAUAAUAACAUAUUUGCUGAAAUAUUUAUUAUUUUCGUGUUAAUCCAAAAAAUGAUUGUAUUCUAGUAAAGCGUGUUUGUUUAUGUAAUGCUGCUUCUUAAGAGGCUGUCGGAGGAGCAGUCAAAAAGUGUCGCCGCAACGUCCAAGUGGUGCUGCAGUCAGGUUGCCAAAUCCCAAUUAAACAACAAAUACAAAAGAACCGCGUACUUAAGAAAAAAUAUCGCUCUUUACCGCGCUUCCUUUUAUCCUAAAGUAAUAGUAACUCGUGCAAAACAUCGUAACAAGUACAUCUUUUCGACGCAGUGUUGGAAUUACGUUACAGCAACUGAGCAGCCAAACAAUCGGUCAUAUUGAAUUUAUAUACAAUCACCGUGCCUUGGUAGGUCAUAUCGUAAUUCUAAUACUACGUCGAAAAUAUGCACUUAAUACCAUGUUUUGCACGAGUUACUAUUACUUUAGGAUAAAAGGAAGGGCGGUAAAGAGCGAUUUUGUUUCUAAAGUACGCAAUUCUGUUGUAUUUAUUGUUAAAUCAACAUUUGGCAACCUGACCGCAGCGCCACUUGGACGUUGCGGUGAUACCGUUCGGCUACUCCUCCGACAGCUCUUUAAAGCAACCUCUAUUACUGAUAGAUUCAUGAAGGUAAAGAUUAUAUUAUUAUGCAGCUUAGCAUGAGAGUUCUAAUCAUUAGACUGAUAUAUCAUAAGUUCAUUAAAGUACUUAUAAUUAUGUAGAAAUUCUUAAUUUGCUGCUUUUUAAAAAACGUUAUUGUUAAAUUUGUUAAUAGUGUAAUGAUAUUCUUUAGCGAAUGAAUUUGAAGUCCGAAACUAGAGAUAUUAUAAAUUAUAAGAAUAAAAAUAUUAUAAAUUAUAAGAAAAAAAUCUGCUUAGAAAAAUUCCUUAGAAUUAAUUUUUCAAUAAUUAAGUAUAACUUUACAUUCUAAAAUAAGCAACUGACUCGUAUACAAACGAAAGGUACAAUCAAAAUCUGAUUAUACUAGAUGAAGUUUUCGCCUUCAUGUUUUACUUAUAAACGUCAUUUAUAAUUAUCCACGUAGGGUACAAACGAGAUGAUUAUUGUUGGCAAGUAAUUAAAUUGCCUAUACUAAAUGAUUUACGCUCUAUGUAAUGCAGUUCCAGAAUUUUAUAAAACAAAUAAUUGUACGCGUUGAACCUCUGCCUGUUUCGCAUGAUCAGAAACUGGCAUGUAAUUAGUAAAAUACUGGACAACGUUUGACUCGAAAGUAUAAUUAUAAUAUAUUUUUUGUGUAAAAUUUUAUAUACAGAUGUAUGAAUUGUUAAUUCGCACAAAUUCAAUAUAGUAUAAGCUAAUUUUUUCCCUAGAAAUGAGCAAACCAGAGGUUUCGACAAUCAACGUGAUUACUAAUGAUCUCGUAAAUCGAGAGCCUUCGCUUGAUAAUUAUUCGAUGUGUUAAGGAUUAUGUCGUGCCUAUACACUUAUAUACUUCGAGCUGUGAUCUAUCGGUGUCAAUAUAAUAUGUAGAACGUCGAACACAACUAUUGUGAACUGCGAAAGCCGCGAAGCUCGUCUAAAUCAACUCAACAACACUCGUGCUCCUGACAUUUGAUUUUAAUUUUCAGAAGGCCGAUUUAUUUUUUUUUAAUUCGCUACUCUACAAACUUCGUAUACGCUUUUAUAUGCAUAAUGUACGCGCAUAAAAGUUUUUUUUUUUUAAUAAUCAUCUUUAAUUUACUACGGCGCCUUAUUAGCGAUUCACUUAUUUUAUAAGCGAUCUACAAUAUCGAACGAUAGAUAUUUCUUUUGUUGAUUAAGAAAGUGUUAGUGCAAGUAUGUGAACGUGAUUGUGAAUAAAUUUAUUCUUAAACA